AUGGCCACAAUAUCACCGUUCACAACUGCCAGCUUUAUCAUAUUCCUUCUACUCAUACCAAUAAUGUUGAAUAUCGGCCAAACUCAAGCCAAACAGCAGAGAAACCCUAAUUCAGUAUUGGUCCUUGGUAUGACUCGCUCUAGGACCUCCCUUCCUUCUCCAAAAGCCUCCUAUAGGAACUCAGCAAAGAGACCAUCGGAAGUCCCAGACAUGAUGGAACCGCUCAGGGAGGUUAGAGAUGGGUACUUAAUAUCUCUUAAUUUGGGGACACCUGGACAAAUCAUUCAAGUAUACGUGGAUACGGGGAGUGACCUUACCUGGGUUCCUUGUGGGAAUCUAACAUUCGAUUGCAUCGAUUGUGAUGACUACAGGAACGAUAAGUUGACAGCCAAUUUCUCUCCCACCUUUUCUUCUUCAUCAGCUAGGGAUCUUUGUGGCAGCUCCUUCUGCGUCAAUGUCCAUAGCUCAGAUAGUUAUUUUGAUACUUGCACUAUGGCUGGAUGCUCGUUGCUUACCCUUCUCAAAGCCACGUGCCCCAGACCGUGCCCUUCAUUUGCUUAUGCCUAUGGUGCAGGCGCGGUUGUCACUGGGACACUUACUAGGGAUACACUUAGGGUUCAUGGAACUAAUAAGCCUAGUUCUGUCACUAGAGAAACCCCAAAGUUUUGUUUUGGGUGCGUUGGUUCUACAUAUAGAGAACCUAUUGGCAUUGCAGGGUUUGGUAGGGGUGCACUUUCCCUUCCUUCACAACUAGGGUUCCUGCAAAAGGGCUUCUCCCACUGCUUCUUAGCCUUUAAAUUUGCAAAUAACCCUAAUAUAUCAAGCCCAUUAGUUGUGGGAGAUGCUGCUAUUUCUUCUAAAGACUACUUACAAUUCACCCCAAUGUUGAAGAACCCCAUGUAUCCAAACUACUACUAUAUUGGUCUAGAGGCCAUAUCUGUAGGCAAUGUCAGUGCAAUCAAAGUGCCAUUGAACUUAAGGGAUUUUGAUUUGCAAGGUAAUGGGGCCAUGUUGAUAGAUUCGGGAACCACUUAUACUCACCUUCCGGAGCCAUUGUACUCACAACUUCUUUCAGUUCUGCAAUCAGCAAUAUCUUAUACUAGAGCCAUGGAUAUGGAGAUGAGGACAGGUUUUGAUCUUUGUUAUAGAGUUCCAUGUACGCAUAAUAACAUUAUGGACGAUCUCCUUCCUACUAUAACUUUCCAUUUCAUAAAAAACACGAGCCUUGUUUUACCUCAAGGAAAUCACUUCUAUGCCAUGGGAGCCCCGAGUAACUCGACGGUGGUGAAAUGCCUAUUGUUCCGAAGUAUGGAUGAUGGUGAUUACGGGCCGGCUGGGGUAUUUGGGAGCUUCCAACAGCAAAACGUGGAGGUUGUUUAUGACUUAAUGAAAGAGAGAGUUGGCUUUCAACCUAGGGACUGUGCUUCGUAUGCAGCUGCUCAAGGACUUCAUAAAAUAUAA